GACCUUGAAGUUCGUUGUGAGAGCAUAGAUAAUGACAAUUCGCGUUAAAAAAUGUUAAAAUUAAGACUUUUACUCGCGAUAAUACUGUUUGGAAACAUUUCAACGGGACAAGAAGAUGAAGACCUGUAUCAGACUCUGGGUGUGAAGAGAACUGCAUCCCUAAAAGAAAUCAAGCAAGCUUACAAGGCACAAGCGCGAGAAUGGCAUCCGGAUAAAAACAAGGAUCCCAAUGCCGCCGAUGUUUUCACUAGAAUAAAUGAAGCAUAUGAGACGUUGAGUGACGAGGAGAAGAGACGACAGUAUGACAGAUUUGGGUACACCACUGCACGAGAACCUCAAAGACAGCAAGGCUUCCACCAAGGCGGUGGACCUUUCGAAGGAUUUGGAAAUUUUUUCAGAAGUUCUGGAUUCCAUUUUGGAGGAGGGGAAUCAAUCAUCGAUAAAUAUACUGUCACACACAGAAUGUAUGAGACGAAGAUCCUCCCCGAGAGCUACAAUAGACCCUACUUCCUCUAUGCAUAUGCAGAUUUCUGUUUUGAGUGUUCAAGAAUUGAUCACCACAUCGAAAAAUUCAUCAAAGAGCUUGACCUUGUUGGUUUCGGUGUAGGAACCUUCCAUGCUGGACAUGCUGUCGGUUUGGCCUCGGAACUCCGAGUUCAUCAUGUACCUGCCAUUUUAGGAAUCGUCAACGGUAGAGCGACCUUCUUCACAGGAAGUGUCGGGCCUCAGCAGUUCAGAGACUUUAUCAGGAAGAUGUUCCCCUCAAAACUUAUAAAAAGGAAGUUGACAGAUGACACCUACAACACUUAUCUGGACGGAUGGACGGACAACCAAGUCCGAGCCAUUAUCCUCGGACAGAAGGAGGAACCAGCAAUCCGAUUUCUUGCCACAGCCAUGUAUUACAAAAAUUUUGUAAAAUUUGCAUACAUACACACAAGUUCGCCAGACGUCGCCAAAAUCAUGAAGAAAAAUGGAGUCAAUAAAUACAGAGAAACUCUGCUUAUGUUCAAUGAGGAAUCUUCAUCGCCAGUGGCUACUAUAAGCAUGCACCAGUUGUCACGAAGUACGCUAAAUGAAGUCAUCGAAAGUAACAAAUUCCUGCUGCUACCUAGAUUGUCAUCUCAAGAAAGAUUUGAUGAGCUUUGCCCUGUUGAGCGAUCAGCACGUCGUAAAAAAUUGUGCAUUGUUCUAUUUACAAAGAAGGCCAAUGAUCACGAGGUAUAUCGAGAAUCGUUCCGCCAGUACAUCCGGCGUUCCCCAUUAAUACAGCAGGAUCGUGUCAGGUUCACCUAUGUAUACGAAGACACUCAGAAGGACUUUGUGAAGAGCCUAACAAAGGGAAGCAAAUCUGUCGUCGAAAACAAUGCUGCUAAGGUUGUCUUUAUUUGGAGGAUGGACAUUCACCACCUGAGCUAUGAUUGGCUGAAAACAGGUUGGAGUGCCAACCCUAACCGCCUACAGGAGUGUGAGGAGUACCUUGAGGAGAAAGUCAAACUUCUCCUUAACUCUGAUCAGUCUCUCGCUUAUAAGAUUCUUCUACCGGAGUUUCAUAAUGAACAUGCUUUGGGUCUGAUGGUGAGGAUUCUGUAUAGACUUCUGGACUGGGCUGAAAGAGGUUUUUCCUAUCUAACAUGGUAUGAUGGUUUCACUGUAAGUACGGUGCUGUUGUCUCUGUUCCUCAUGUUCUGUAUGGGAUACUUUAUGAACAAGAUGGCCGAUAUAGAAAACCAGCAGGUCAAGGAAAAGGAACCAAAAAAAGUGAAGGCACGACCACCUUCAACUUCUGUAGACAACAAAAAAGUCAACAUAUAUGAGAUCAACUAUAAGUCGUACAGUGACUUGGUUUCUAAUGUGGAGACAGGCUUGACCUUUGCCCUUUUGGUGGAUGAAGAAUCGAAAGAAAAGCUGCUCCAUCGGUUUGGGGAACUAGUUUACCCGACUUAUACAAGGUACAGCGCCCUCACAUUUGGUUUCGUAGACCUUGAUCUCUAUCUGGGAUGGUACAGACACCUACUCGAGGAAUGUGUCGACUUCAAACAAGACCUGUCUGGCAUCAAAAUCAAAAGUUGUUUGGGAACAGUUCUGGCCAUUAAUGGUUUCAGAAAAUAUUUCUACAUUUACCAUCCGAAGCGAGUUCGGAGAUGGGUCCGACAACAUACUGAUAACGUUCCAAGCUCUAUCGGGUUUUUCGAUACGGAUGAGGAAUCAGAUUCAGAAGAAAAACGCUUCAGGGAAGACGUACCUUCGGAGGAUCUUCUGAAAGGCUACACAAACUGGAUGGAUCGAGUUUUUGAUGGAUCAGUAAAGAAAAUCCGAGUACCAUACUGGCCUGAAAUGUUAAUUAAAUAAGAGUGGACGGAAUAUAAGUUUUUAGAUAUUUAUUUAUAUAAUUUAUAAGAGAAGACUAAGGAAUUUUGUUAAGCUAUUACAAUCAAAGCUGUUCUUUUUUUUCGUUUUUUGAGGAUCUAUUGCAUUGCACUCUUUUUCAACUCUCACAAUUAUUUAAUGUCGGAUUUCUCCUAUUAAGAUCACAAAUGAAAACUGAUUUUAAUAUAAUUAAAUCUCAUUAUAUAUCUUAAAACACCAGUCAUGAUAAAGUAGAAAUUCACAUUUAAACAAAUCCGAAAUGAGAACUUUUCUGUUUCAUUUCUUAGCUAUAAAUAACUUUUAUUUUUUUUAUUUCUUUAGAAUUUUAUUAAAGUAUUUAAAGUUUGAAUAGUUACCAUCGUAUGUCAUUGCCACUAUAUAACCCUAACAAAGUUAGUUGCGAGUUGUCCAGCUCAUGAACUGCCAACAGUGCGCUUCAUGGAAUUUGCCUUUGUGCAGUUGGCAUUCAUAUUGCCUAUAAAUGCCAACAGAAAGCAGUUCAAUACUUAAAUGAAUGAUACGAAAUAUUAUCUUUUGAAUUGUUUAUAAUUGCCUAAGUGUGGCUACAUUACGCUAUAUAUGUUUCAUACUGAUGUUCCCAAUUUUAACAUUUCAAAAUUUUUGGUUUUUGUUUCGCAGUUUUUUUGCUUCUAACGUCUUUUUAACAACAACAGUAUUCAUUGUUUGGAACUGAAGCCCUUUAGUAAUGAUCAACAAUAGAAUUCCAGUUAAUUUGUAAUUAUGAUAUUGUACUAUUUUAAGAUUGUUCAUACCACAUACUUGCCGGCAAACUCUCCCUAUUUCUUCUGAUCUGGUUUCUAAGAUUUGAUGAUUUCAUCUGAACAAACAACUCAAAAAAUGCCAUUUAAAAGUUAGUCUUUUAAAUGGCAACUUAGGGAAACUUAGGGAAACUUAGGGAAACUUUUCUUUUCUUAGGGAAACUUUUCCCUAAGAUGUACUACAUACACACAUUUUAUGUAUGUUUUAAUUCUGAGCAUGUGUAAUCUCCCCCAUGGAAAUUUCAAAAAGUUGGCAAGUAUGUUAAUACCAUCCAGGGGUUUGCAAUAUUCAAAAUGAGGUCGUUUAUUAAAUUUAAUAUGCCAUGGUUAUUGGCUUAAAUUUAAUAUUUAUCAGACUGGUGAGACAUACGAUUCUAUCCAUUUGAAUGGUAGAAUGAGUGGUUGAUUUGGUAAAUCUUUGCUUUCUACACAAUGACAUUUACUUAACUACUCAACUGAUAACAUUUAUAAAGUAAAUCUGACCAGCUCGUAGCAGAAAACGGUUAAAGAAUUGCAUUGAAGUAACCCAUUCAAAAUGGUGUACAGCAUUAUUCUCAAACACAAUGUCAUUAGAAUAUGGUGCCAAAAAUGUAUGCUACUACUGCCCACAAUUUUUGAUGUGUUGAGAUUUUUUUCAUUGUAUGCACUUUGAAAAUGUAAUGAAUAGAUCUAGAAAAUUUAAUAAUUUUCCAAGUAUAUUUCACCGAUACGACAAAAUAUACUGAUAUUGAUACUGAAAAUAUUGGUAUUCAUGAAAUAUAUAUGAUAUUCAGCAGGAAACCAU